AUGGAUGGUUUUGCUCUCUGUCUCGACGAUUACACAAUGUCUUCCAGAGUUAGAGCAGCAAAGAAGCAAUCGUCAAAAGGGUUAUCUCUGGUGACGUCGCUUCCCGAAGACGUCAUCGUUGACAUCUUAGCGCGUGUACCGAGAUGCGACUAUCCAACUAUCUCCCUCGUCUCAAAGCACUUCCGAGCACUUGUUGCGUCCCCUGAGUUAUACGCGAGGCGAUCUUUCAGCGGCAAUGUUGUUGACCGUUUGUUUAUUCUCCGCCGGAAAACUAACGGCAACAGCAGCCGCCUGGUCCUUAUCCCUUUGCUUUCUUCUCUGCGUUGCUUUGGAGGCUAUGUCACAGUGGGCUCGAUGAUAUAUGUGUUUGGUGGGAUUCACAAUGACAAUUCGACGCCGUGGGCGUUGACCAUCGACUGUAGAUCUCACACGGUGCAACCUCUCACCAGCAUGCCUGUGCACAUGUAUAACCUAACGGCUAACAUCAUCGAUGGGAGAAUCUACGUAAUUGGAAUUCUCGAUUAUAUUCACAGGAAGAAGAUGAUGGUGGUGUUCAAUACAGAAACACAAAAGUGGGAGGAGCCUGCGAUGGUAACGCCAGACAUUGAGCUAGGUAACACGCAUCGUGGUUGUGUGGUGAUGGCUGGUAAGCUGUACACGAGAAAUUAUCAGACUAGCUUUGUUUACGAUCCAAAGGAAAAUAAAUGGGAAACGGACGAGAUGCUGAGUUCAAAGAAUUGGUACCAUGCGUGUGUGGUUGAUGACGUAUUGUACUACUACGAUUGUGAUGACAAGUGUUUAAGAAGGUAUGAUCCAAGGCAGAGGUGUUGGGGAGUCGUGAAAGGUGUGGAGAAAUUGUUGGCUAUGACAAGAGAUACAUGGUGGUCAAGGACUAUCCAUCCCUCCUUCAUAUGA